AUGGUUGGAACGAGGAGUCGUUCGUGCGGCGCCAGGAUCGUACAGGGCUUGUACGGGGUUUUGGUGUUUGCGUUGUUGUUGAUGGGCGUUUUGGAGAUUGUUAGAUUGGCAUUGUCCAAGUCUGGUGAGUGAUGACUCGGACGACCCUGGCUCGGCCUUUCGGCGAGAGGGGGAGGUCACGUACGUGCCGUGCGAGACAGUCCGGAACUCACCUCCCAACCCUUUUCCCCUCUUGAUCGCUUUUCGUACCUUUUCCCCCAGGAAUCGGUCUCUUACCCUUCUCCCUUGCCGGUACCCUGGUCGCAUUGGGUAUGCUCGCGGCCCGUUACAAAGCUCACAAGAACCUAAAAGGGGUCGCGGCGAUUUUGGUCGUUUAUUGGAUUUUGCGUGAGUCCUUCUCUCGGCUCGGGCUGUUAUAGUCUAUGAAGCUGAUCCUUAUCUUGUACAUACUCUGUGUUGGUCCCAGUGACGGGUUUGCAAGCCGCCAAGGUUCGUCUUGAACCUUUCCACGAACCUCCCUCCGCUACGUACCCUCAGGGCCGUGCCGAAAAAAUUAGACGCCUGACCGAAACGUUGAUCCCAUCUUGCAUGCUUUGAACUCCAAAGGUCUCCGCCCUCAUCUCGAUCGAAAAAUCCACCAAGGCUCGUGGUAAUAAAGGUCCGAGCAAGUAUCCCAACUCGGACAAGUCGCUUGAUAAGUUGAGUGAUACCCAGCGAAGCGGACCGUUGAGCAAUUUUUUCUCGUCGCUGCUUCUUCCGCGUCGAGAGGGGGUUUCAAACCGUGUUGACUCGAGAGGGAGUUGAUCCUAUUUUAUAGUUACGUUAUACUUGCCCUCUACGCCGUCUUCACCCUCUACGAAGCCGGGCAAUUGGUUCGGAGGUCGGCUCGGACGGCGGACGGCGGACGUUUAUGAGCAGAAUGGUUCGCCGCAGGGGUUGGGUAAGGAUGGGUAUUAG